UCACUGGUCACCACUCUCAGACGCUUGAGCCACUACACAUGAACGACUAGAUCUGAAAUGUUUAUGCUAGAUCAAUAGUAUAUUUUAUACUACAUUUAGAGUACUAACAUGCACUUUGUGUCGUAAUAUUUGUAAUCGUGCGCGCAUCUCACGGAAGAUCGGGCUGCACUUCCUCGUGCAGCAGUUCCAUCACGCGUGGAAACACCUUUAAUACUCUGAACCACACAGUCGGAGGGAAAGAGAGACAGAGAGGGAGGAAGGGGCGGUGAAUCGUUCUUCUUUAAGUCCUCUUCUCUCUCUGAAUCUUUAGUUUUUACUCUAACAUGGCUGCGCUCUCAGCCUGGUUCUGGAACGAGCGCUUCUGGCUUCCGCACAAUGUCACUUGGGCGGAUCUGGCUGACCCAGCGCCCGGGGUGGAGUACCCGAAAGCCGGCCACUUGUUCUCCGCGCUGCCGCUGGCUCUGGGGUUAUUCGCAGUGCGGAUCUUUUUCGAGAGGUUUAUCGCGGGUCCAUGCGCCUCUAUUCUUCAGAUCCAGACGGAGGUGAGCCGCAGAGCUCAACCUAACGCCGUACUGGAGAAAGUGUUUACAUCCAUCACAAAGUCCCCGGACACACGUCAUCUAGAAGGUUUGUCUAAACAGCUGGACUGGGAUGUUCGGAAGGUCCAGAGAUGGUUUCGACACCGGCGGAACCAGGACAAACCCAGCACAAGAACAAAGUUUUGCGAGAGCAUGUGGAGGUUUAUGUUUUAUCUGUGUAUAUUUACCUACGGGAUCUAUUUCCUCUGGCAGUCUACCUGGAUGUGGGACACGAGACAAUGCUGGUACAACUACCCCUAUCAGGUGCUGACUCCAGGCAUUUAUUAUUACUAUGUAACAGAACUUGCCUUCUACUGGUCGCUGAUGUUCUCACAGUUCACAGACAUCAAACGAAAGGAUUUCCUCAUAAUGUUUGUUCAUCAUCUGGCUACAAUCAGCCUGAUUAGUUUCUCAUAUGUAAAUAACAUGUUACGUGUGGGAAGUCUAGUCAUGUAUGUUCAUGACGCAUCUGACUUCCUGUUGGAGGCUGCGAAAUUAGCAAAUUAUGCCAAAUACCAGCGUCUAUGUGACGUCCUGUUCGUGGUGUUUGGAAUCAUCUUUUUCGGCACAAGACUGAUCAUCUUCCCCUUCUGGAUUCUGAACACAACACUAUUUGAGAGUUGGGACAUCAUCGGGCCGUACCCAUCCUGGUGGCUCUUUAACUCCUUGUUGCUGGUGCUGCAGGUGUUGCACAUCAUCUGGUCCUACCUCAUCGCUCGCAUAGCCUUCAAAGCCAUCAUGAGAGGAAAGGUGUCCAAAGAUGACCGUAGUGACAUAGAAAGCAGCUCAGAGGAGGAAACCGAGACACUAACCAAAGAGCGACUCAAAACGGGAACUUCACCCCGAGGAGAAAACGGCUCCAAUGGCCAUUUUGGCUCCAAAUCUUGGAACCAAAACCACAAUGACUGGUGACACUCCAUGUGGCCUUCUGCACAAUGAACUUUUGUCACAGAAAUAUCACAAUGGGACUCGUUUCUGUACCUCAAUUUCCGUUCAAAACCAAAAUGAGUAAACAACAAAACGAUCCCAUUACAGGAUAUUUUGAGACUGCUUUGAAUUUCCAGGCACUCUUUUUGAGAGUUUGGGUCUUUAUUUGGGUGAUUAUUACAGUGAUGGACAGUAACGAUGACAAUGUGGCCACUAUAAGAAGCUUGUGAAAGAGAAAACGAUUAAAUUAGUAAUAUUUGCAUUUGCUCGUUUCCUUGUUUCAGGAGAUUUGGCGUUCUGCUCCGUGCUUCGCGUUUUACUGAAGUCGGAGAGGAACGUUCUCUUACGAUUUUAAUGGUCAGAUGUACUACUUGAGUUUCUAUAUAAGAUUUGUUUCAUUGUUUUGUUUUGGUUACUGUUGUGUUUUUAAUUUGGUUCCUGUUCUGUUUUUCAUUUUGGAAACUAAAUAAGAUUAUUAAAUGAAAGCUGGGGCUUUUUCCUGUAA